CUAGAAGGCAGAGGAGCAGCUGCUGGUGAUGGUGAAGAUGGCGGAUGGGGAUAGUGGGAGUGAGCGCGGUGGCAGCAGCAGCGGUGGCGGCGGCGGCGGUGGCGGAGGAGGCAGCGGAUUCCAUCAUUUUCAGCGGGAUCAAGAAGAGACCCAGGAGCUGGCCUCCAAACGCCUGGACAUCCAGAACAAGCGCUUUUACUUGGACGUGAAGCAGAACUCAAAGGGUCGGUUCGUGAAGAUCGCCGAGGUCGGAGCCGGAGGCUCCAAAAGUCGCCUUACGCUGUCCAUGUCGGUGGCUGCGGAAUUCCGCGACUACUUGGGGGACUUUAUCGAACACUACGCCCAGCUGGGGCCUAGCACCCCGGAGCAGAUCGCACAGUCCUCCGGCGGGGAGGACGGUGGGCCAAGACGGGCCUUAAAGAGCGAAUUCUUGGUGAGGGAAAAUCGUAAAUACUACCUCGAUCUGAAGGAGAACCAACGCGGGAGGUUCCUGAGGAUCCGGCAGACAGUCAACCGCGGAGCGGGGUUCGGAAUCGGAGGGGGAGUGGCCCCUGGGGCGGCCAUGCAAUCCGGACAAACCAUCGCUCUCCCGGCUCAGGGACUAAUCGAGUUUCGCGACGCCUUGGCUAAGCUAAUAGACGACUACGGCGGUGAUGAUGAUGAGCUAGCCGGGCCUGGGUGCGGGGCCGGCGGCUACAGCGAGCUGCCCGAGGGCACGUCCAUCACAGUGGACUCGAAGCGGUUCUUCUUCGACGUUGGCGCCAACAAGUACGGCGUGUUCCUGCGGGUCAGCGAGGUGAAGCCCAGCUACCGGAACUCGAUCACGGUGCCGUUUAAAGCCUGGAGCAAGUUCGGCGGAGCUUUCAGUCGUUACGCCGAGGAGAUGAAGGAGAUCCAGGAGAGGCAGAGGGAUAAAAUGUUCGAGCGGAGAGGAGACGAGGAGUCCGAGGGAGACGACGUGGACGACGACUGAUUUCUGAUCUCCAGGACCGGGCUUUAUUGUGUUCUCCCAGCACGUUUGGCAACUUCGAAAGGAUGUGCAUGAUAAACUUUAAUACUAAAACACCUACCGCGAAUAAAGUUGUGUGACUGACAAACAUGGCGUAAAUAAUAAAAUAAAGGAAUGUGUAAAGUGAACACGAAGCAGCUGAGCUGAACGACUUUCCCUCGCCAGCUGCUUUAGGCCUAGUUAGAGAAAAAAAAAGCUCCUUUUUUGGUGCAGACCUGUUUUUAAAAUGGCAUGUAAGAAACAAUUAAACCAACCAAAAGCCUGUUCUGAGUGAA